AAUUCACGUUCUAUUUGUAUGAACAACCUUGCGCGAUUGCUGCUGCCAUGAAGAGUAUGGCAACAAUUCAGAGAAUGUCACGGCUGAAACGAGCUGGCCGGGUACUCCCAGCUGCUUCUUGCACGCUAUUAGAAGAACUUAUCAACGCCGAUAAGCUGGCACUUCCCUGCAUCGCCGUGGAGCGUGGCUUUCAAUCCUCGUCUUCGGGCAGCACAGCAGGCGCGGGCUGGCGAUCCGCAUCGUUGCUUGGAGCUGGUGCUGCGCUACUUGCUGCGGCACUCUUGUCUCCAUCCCCAGCUGCUGCCAAAAAAGAGCUUGCUAUCCUGCCAGGCAGCAAGCCUCCCGCAUCGGCCCUUCCGAAGACCGCUGCUGCCGAGUCGGCUGCACCUCCUAAGCAGCCGCAGCAGCAAAAGGACGACAAGGGGCGGCCUAUCUAUACUCGCGAAGAAGUUGCCAAGCAUAAGACGCCGAAGGACAGGGUCUGGGUGACGUACAAGGAUGGCGUGUACGACAUCACAGAGUUUGUAGAGAUGCACCCUGGAGGCGCCUCCAAGAUCCUGCUGGCGGCUGGCGGCAGUGUGGAGCCCUUCUGGGCGCUGUACCAGCAGCACCGCAAGGCGGAGGUGCUGCAGAUACUGGAGCCCUACCGCAUCGGCAGCCUGGAGGGCGGCGCUGCGGCGGCGGCUGAGGCUGCUGCCGCGGGAGCCGACCCGUACGCCUCCGACCCCGCCCGCCACCCUGCCCUCAUCCCGCGCUCGCAGCGCCCCUUUAACGGGGAGACCCCUGGGUCACUUCUGGCCGCCAACCCAAUCACCCCCAAUGACAUCUUCUACAUCCGCAACCACCUGCCCGUACCCCACGUGGACGAGAAGAGCUACAAGCUGAAGGUGGAGGGCGAGGGCACCCGCACGUUGGACCUGAGCCUAGAGGAGCUGAAGACGCGGUUCCGCAAACACAAUGUCACGGCAACCGUGCAGUGCUCGGGCAACCGUCGUAACGAGAUGUCGCGGAUCAAGCAGGUCAAGGGACUGGAGUGGGACCAGGGGGCCAUCGGCACGGCGGUGUGGGGCGGCGUGCGGCUGCGAGACGUGCUGCUGGCUGCCGGGCUGUCGGAGGACGACCCGCUUGUUCGCCACAUCCACUUUGAGGGUUUCGACCGGGACCCGGCGUCGGGGGAGGUGUACGGCGCUUCGAUUCCCAUUCGAAAGGCCCUGUCGUACGGCGGCGAUGUACUGCUGGCGUACGAGAUGAACGGUCAACCGCUUUCCGCGGACCACGGCGCUCCGCUGCGUGUGAUCGUGCCCGGGGUGACUGGAGCCCGGAGCGUGAAGUGGCUGCGCCGUAUCGUUGCCAGCCCGGCUGAGUCUGGCAGCCACUGGCAGCAGCGCGACUACAAGUCCUUCUCGCCCUGCGUGGACUGGGACAGCGUGGACUGGGGAGCAGCACCCGCCAUCCAGGAGCCCCCGGUCACCAGCGCCAUCUGCGAGCCCGCACCCGGUACCACCCUCAGCGCGGCGGAUGGGGAGGUAACGGUCCGCGGCUACGCCUGGAGUGGCGGCGGUCGCGGUAUCGUGCGGGUGGACGUGUCGGCUGACGGAGGAGCCUCCUGGCGCCCAGCCCGCCUGCUGCCGCCGCCGCCGGGGGCGCCGCAGGAGCAUGGGGCGUAUGCGGGCGCAUGGGCGUGGACACUGUGGGAGAUCACACUUCCGCUGCCGCAGCCCCAGGGGCCCGGCGGCCCCCUGCCUGCCACCGUGGAUCUGGCGGUUAAGGCAGUUGACUCGUCGUACAACAGCCAACCGGACUCGGUUGCCGGGAUUUGGAACCUGAGAGGUGUGGUCAACAACGCCUGGCACCGGGUAUCCCUGCCGCUGGAACCGUGAGGAGGGGGCACGAGGAAACGCAGAGAGAAGGGGUGGUGUGGAAAGCAUGGGGAUGAAAAAUACGGUCGUCAGGGUGAAACGAGGUUGUUCAUUGCGGGGUGGAAAGACUGCAAAUUCAAGUAGGGCAAAAGAGUUUAGUGCACAAGGCUUUUUUUGGGAAAUGUCCUUUGGUGAGUGCGCAUGCGCAUGGAGUGCAUAACGGACCAGACUUUCCGUAAACCUCUCGUGUACGGCAGUACGGCAUAACGGCGCUCCACUGGUCCACUGGUUCAGACACAUCAAGCAAGCGUACCUUGUAUCCUUGCAGGUAUGAGUAACGAGACCGCAAGCAAGUGAAAUUAAAUUCCCGAUGUACGACGACCCAUGCUGCACUAUUGAUGCACUGAAUUGCACAUGUAUACCGCCGUACCGCAAAUCAAGGGGUGUUCCUUUACCUCUCCAACCCUUCCUCCUCCCCCCCCCCGCACACCUCUUUCAGCAAUUUAAUGUUCCUGUCAGAGCAGCUGCGUGAGCACGUGCCGUUGUGAUUGCUGUGUUGUUGUAUUUACAACAGGCACAUCUGCGUUUGCCCAGCUGUGGGAGCAGGCCCAUGCAUCCGUUGUAAAUGCUGCGUAGUGGUAAUUUUCUCUUCCGCUUUCACACGUCAUUUACAUGGCUUGCGCACGCAUCUUAACCUUAUGACCUAUCGUAGGUUACUAGCCUUAUGACCUAUCGUAGGUUACUAGCCGCGGUGAACUACAUCCCGUAUUGCAGCGGGUGAUGCACCCAAUCCUACACCGCAAGAGGAAGGGAACACGCACUUAAAACAACACCACAACGGGCCAGCAGGAAACAGUAUUAGAACCCAAAGCUGACAACUGAGGUACAAACAAGGGUAGAAGCCAACAAAUGGCCCCUCAGCAAAGCCUCUACAAGUAAACAAGACAGCAAAAACACCAACACACACUGAAGACCAAACCACAAAAACGCCGCUCGAAAAAACAGGAUCCGAACGGAGACAGCAGCGCGUGUAUACGCCAGGGGAGCCCUGCAGGACACCCUACCCCGCAGACCCAAACGGCGCCAAAACAGUACACUCAACCGAACACAGAAAGCCGCCCACCACCAACACGCAAGAAUGGAUGAGAAGGGCCCAGCCACCUCAUCCAGGCCCUUCUUAUCCGACCCCGACGGGGAACACCCACACAAGCGAGCCCCCGGAGCUGACCCCCAAAACCAUGAAACCGCAGAGAUUGCAGCCUGAUCAGGAGCCCAGGCACAACACCCGCAGAACCAGACUCAUGCACACGAGCCCGCAGAAACCGAUAUCAGACAAAGCACCCAGGACAACAACAUCCUAAACACACUGCUGCACGCCCUAUGGAGGCAAACAAACCUCAAAGCAGCCCCAGCAGGAACUACAGCGCCCAACUCGACCUCAAGCUGCCCGAGCACAGCAUGGGCAACAGGACAGGUAGGCCCAGAAACAAUUCAACCUUGGAGACAUCCCGCAAAACAACAUACCCACAGCCACAACGCUCAGGACAAGUCCGACAGGCCCGGGACAUAUGAGAAUUCCGAAGCAAGGGAAUCCCGUCAAAACGUCUCCUUAAGACAAUUCUCCCAGCGAACCCUCCGGAGGCACUGGAAAGAAUCCCGAAGGCCAUCCAAAAUACCCGCAGGAGGCUCUUGGGUAGCAGGAGGCCCCAUACCUUCCCGAAUAAAGACCGAAUGCAACAGAGCACGCUUCUCAAAUAUGCACCCAAGCUGGAUCACCGCGGCCAUUUGAACAGAGAGUUCCGCAAAGGAACAACUCCGACAUGAGGUAAGUGCCACCCCAAGCGGGGAACCAAAACUGCCAAGCAUCAUCCUCAGUAGCCGGCGGCGAAUGGGGUGGCAAGUCGUCAACAAGAAACACCUCCGCAGCCGCCACCCAAGGCACAAGCACUUCACUCUACAAGGUCUCAAGGGACAGCAAGGAAAUCAUAUGACACACCUGGGCAGGGAACAGAGAGCACAAUCAUCCGGAGAAGUCGGGUCAGAAACCCGCGCAGGAUUAGACAUCACACACACAUAUGCUUGUUGAAGGGGCCUGCGCGCACUCACCUAAGACAGUGUUCCUCUAUGACCGAAUUGGACACAGCACCGGAGGCCUCUUCAACCGUCGAUCAAUAUUCUGGGCCUAAUAAAUCG